UAAACGCAUACAUAGAUGACAAGCUUCAAAGAGGGGAGGAAAUCUCCCAAGAACUUAAUUCUCAAAGCUAUCGAAAGCUCAAAUAUUUCAAUUGUGGUACUCUCAAAAAAUUAUGCAUCAUCCACAUGGUGCUUGGAUGAGUUGAUGAAGAUCCUUGAGUGUAAGACAAAAAAGCAACAAAAGGUUCUACCAGUGUUUUACGAUGUAAAUCCAACAGAGAUACGACAUCAGAGAGGGAGUAUCGGAAAAGCAUUGGAUAAACUUCAACAAAAGUUCAAGGAUGAGAUGAAAGUGCAGAGGUGGAAAGCAGCCCUUACAGAAGUGGCCGGUUUGUCUGGGUUCACUUUAGGAGAUAGGAAUGAACUUGAAUUUAUUCAAGAAAUUGUUCAAGAGGUUUCAAGAUUAUUAAAGCGUAAAUAUUUAAAUGGCAUUGCCAAGCAUCCAGUCGGAAUGAAGUCUAGAGUGCAGGACGUCCAUGAUAAGCUUCUAACACGCAUAAUAGGGAUCUAUGGAAUUGAUGGAGUUGGUAAGACAAGUCUGGCCAAAGAAAUCUACAAUUCAUUUACCAACCAGUUUGAAUAUAGUUACUUUCUUGCAAACAUGAAAGGCGCUUCAAAGUGUGUAUAUGACUUGAUUCAAUUGCAAAAUACACUUCUUUGCAAGAUCACAGGAGACUCAAGUUUGAAGGUUGAAAAGGUUGACGAAGGAAUCAGUCUCAUAAAAGAGAUGUUGUGGCGUAAAAGGGUUCUUUUAGUUCUUGAUGAUUUGGAUCAGACGGUCAAAAUUGAAACCGUACUUGGAGGAUGUGAUUGGUUUGGUUUAGGGAGUAUAAUCAUUAUAACAACAAGAGAUGAACAUUUCUUAACUAGUUAUAAUGUUCAUUUACGAUAUGAGCUGAAGGAAUUGCAUCACAACGAAGCUCUUGAACUAUUUUGUUGGAAUGCCUUUAAAAAUGAUAAGCCUAGCCAUGAUUUUGUAGAACUUACAGAAGAUGUACUGCGCUAUGCUGGGGGCCUUCCAUUGGCUUUAAUAGUGCUAGGCUCAUCUCUAUAUGGUAGAGACAUUCAUUAUUGGAGAAGUGCUUUAAAAAAGUUAGAAAACAAUCCUCACAGUAAUAUUCAUCAAAUGCUUAAAAUAAGUUUUGAUUGCUUGGAUGAUGAGGAGAAGAGUAUUUUCUUGGACAUUGCAUGUUUCUUUGCAGGACAAGAAGAAGAAUAUAUUACUAGCAUACUUGAUGCUUCAUUUCCUAAUAGUGAUAUCAAAUUCCAAGUACUAAUGGAUAAGUCUCUCAUAACCAUUGAGUGUGGCAAAUUAGUCAUACAUGACUUACUCAAAGAUAUGGGUAGAGAAAUCAUCCGUCGAGAAUCACCUGAAAAUCCUGAAAAACGUAGAAGGUUGUGGUAUCAUGAAGACGUUCGUGAUGUAUUAGAAAAAGCUAAGGGAACAAACAACAUUAAAGGCAUAUUGAUAGAAUUGCCAGAACAAGACGAGCUAGAUUUGAGUUCUAAGGAAGAGUGUCCUAAUGGUGAGGAUAACGAAGUCAUGAAUGAAGUACAACAACAGGAGUUUGGUGACCGAGAUUUUCAUAGAGGCAUUAAACUGAAUUUUUCAAGGUAUGGAGCUUUUAAUAGCCUAGAAAAUGAAGAAGUGAAGGAUGUGAUUAAUCUGGAUGAUACUGUGGAGGAGGUUGUAGCUGACAUUGCUUCUAUUUCCUUACAAGCAAUGAUUGGUGCACCAAAUCCUAAGACCAUGCGAGUAGUGGGGCAUAUCAAUAAGAGAAGAGUGGUCAUUUUGAUUGACACUGGCAAUACCCACAACUUUAUGGAUAUUGCACUUGUAUCUCAUUGUAAUUUGUCUAUGGGUCUUAUGUGUGCUACUGAUUUGGUGGAUAAUAGGAAGCUUUCAACCAUUACUAAAUUGGGUAGUAAAGGAGUUUGGUUACAAUUGUUAGCUUUUGAAAACAGUUUGCCUCAACCUGUUAUGGCAGAGGAAGUAUCUAAGCUUUUAAAGAGGUAUAACAAGGUUUUUGAGGAGCCUAAAGGGUUGUCCCCACAAAGAUAUAAGGAUCAUUAG